AGCCUGUUCGUCCAGCGCACCGCUCGACCUUACCGACUGUUCUGGAGACGGAUAGGAGACCCCGCUGCAGAGCCCGAAAACCGGCCCUCGCUGACUUUUUUACCCCCCGAAUGAUGGUGACACUACAGGAUUAAUGAGCCAAAAAGCCACAGUACUUCUCUUUUAAGUCUCUUAUCAGCUUUUCAUCGGCGUAACGCCUGGACUGCUUUGCAUCUCCGUUUUCAUUUCAGUUCGAGGAUACCUGUACCUCCACUGAUGGAACAGGGUCACUCCAACGUUUUCCUGCAGCCUCCCAACACCACCUAACAUUUCCUGGAAGAACGUGUCCAUUGCCUGCUCCCAACAAACAUGGACUGUUUUCCCAUGCUUUAUUUUCUGUCGAGACAUCAUGAUUCCUGGUAAUCGAAUGCUGAUGGUCAUUUUAAUAUGCCAAGUCCUGCUGGGAGAGAGCAACCAUGCUAGUCUGAUACCUGAAGAAGGGAAAAAGAAAGUACCUGGCCUGCAGGGUCGUUCGGCCGCUCAGAGCCAUGAACUGUUACGGGACUUUGAGGCCACACUGCUGCACAUGUUUGGCCUUAAAAGGCGGCCGCGGCCCAGUCGUGCAUCCACCGUGCCUCGCUACCUGCUGGACCUCUAUCGACUGCAAUCGGGGGAGGCUGAGGAGGUUGGACAUGACAUUGCCUUUGAGUACCCAGAGAGGUCAGCUAGCCGGGCCAACACUGUAAGGGGCUUCCACCAUGAAGAGCACAUGGAGACGAUGCAUGAGCUGGAUGAUGGAGAAUCCAUGCCUCUUCGCUUCCUGUUCAACCUUAGCAGCAUUCCAGAGGAUGAGCUCCUGUCUUCUGCAGAACUAAGGCUCUACCGUCAUCAGAUUGAUGAGGCCAUUGCUGAAACCCUCUCAGAUGACCAGGGGCUUCACCGGAUAAAUGUGUACGAGGUGCUGAAACCACCGCGCCCUGGGCAGCUUAUCACGCAACUUCUGGAUACGCGGCUCGUGCGCCACAACGCAUCACGCUGGGAGAGCUUUGACGUCAGCCCUGCUGUGCUGCGUUGGACUCGUGAGCGCCUCCCUAAUUAUGGACUGGCUGUGGAGGUCCUUCACCUCAACCAGACUCCGCGCCACCAGGGACGACAUGUCCGCAUCAGCCGUUCACUACACCAAGAACCCGGGGAGGACUGGGAGCAGAUACGCCCUCUCCUGGUCACUUUUGGCCACGAUGGGAAGGGUCACCCGUUGACCCGCCGGACCAAGCGCAGCCCCAAACAACGGGGCCGUAAACGCAACCGCAACUGCCGCCGCCAGGCACUGUAUGUGGACUUCAGCGAUGUAGGCUGGAAUGACUGGAUAGUGGCACCUCCUGGCUACCAGGCCUAUUACUGCCAUGGGGAAUGCCCCUUUCCUUUGGCAGAUCAUCUGAACUCAACCAACCACGCCAUCGUUCAGACACUGGUGAACUCUGUGAACAACAACAUUCCCAAGGCCUGCUGUGUACCAACAGAGCUCAGCGCCAUCUCCAUGCUCUACCUAGACGAACAAGACAAGGUAGUCCUGAAAAACUACCAGGAAAUGGUAGUGGAGGGCUGCGGCUGCCGCUAACUCACAAACUUACAAAAACUUGGACUUUUAUUAAGCAACGUGGACGUUGAAAAUAAAGAAAAAGGAAAAAAAAAAGGUCUUUACUCCCAAAAUGUUCACUUGGACCCUUAUUUAUAACUUUUAUGAGGUGUAUGUUUGUCUCACUUUUUUUGUUUCUUUGACAAUAUGAUCAUAUAUUUUGACAAAAUAUAUAUAUUUAUAUCUACAUAUUAAAAAUAAAUUGAGUCCUUAUUUUAAACAUAAAAAAGCUGUACAACCUUUCAUAAUGUACAUUAGAUUGUAUAAGUUUUUUAUUGAGAAAAUAGUAAAACACUUUAAAAAGUAAAGUUUAUUUACUGGUAAUAUUUAUUGCUUUCAUAUAUACAUAAAACAUGAAUGCGUCUUAUAAAACAUUCAGUCAUAUCACAAUAUUCACCCUUUGUGUAUUUGCAGAAAUGGAAGCACUGCAUGGAUUUCACACACUGUUUCUUUAAAAAUCAAAAUGUACACAGGAUUUUUUUUAAAUCACAAAAAGGUCAAUCUGAUUAUCCUAAUAAGGCCCUUAAAUCUAAUAUCUGUGUGAUAAUUUACGAGGAAUUACAAAAAAAAAAAAAAAAACUCAAUUUCUAUUACUUUUUUCUACACUAAAUGAUAAAAUUGAAUGAAUUGCAUUUGAAUUUCAUUGUAAUUGUGUUCGGAUUACUUUUUACUAAAAGAAAGAGACUAGAAGAAAAGAUCUUGAUGUUCUGUCUUUCCAAAAAUAAAGGAGUGUUUGGUUUA